CGGUUAAGUAACGAAAUUUCAAGAAAUUCAGGUUAGUGACAAAAUCAUGAAAUAAAAAAAAUACUUAAAAAUAUUCUAAAAUCAAUUUGCAUUAUGUGGGGCUAAAAUGCAACUUGGUGAGGCAUAUAUGUUUAAAUUAGACAAGUGCCUCGGUUUCAGAAAGCAGUUCACGAAUUCGGCACUGAACCAAUGCCAGCUGGAUAUACUUUUGAAAAAGCACCGUAAGUAUAUAAAGAAAUGGAAGGAGGUGAAGCAGAUGAAAGUCCAAAUGGACAAGAACUGCCUAACGCUGGCGGCCUAUGCUACGGCGGACCGCUACGAUCUUCAGAGUGUCCUCGAUGCCAUACAGUCACAAAAUGGAUUCACAGCUUGCGAACUAACUAAUGACGUUCCCAUGAAGACUGAACUCUGCAACGCGCUGCAUCUCAAGAGUGCGUCUCCGGACGGGAGAGAGGACAGCCAUGUCUUCUGCUUCGACGUCGGAACUGUGGUGAUGUGGAACCUGUCCCACGGGCAAAGGGAGGAGAUGCUCGAGUUCUUGGAGCCCUUUGAGAAGAACCGCUACGGCUACAAUUUAUCAAGGUCGACAUCCGAACUGCUGGCCUUCAACUACGCAAAGAGCAAGGCCAGCUACCUCCACGACAACACUCUGUACUUCGGCGUGGCUGACAAGAGUUCGGACAUGAUUGGGCUUAAUAGGUUUCUAGUGUCGUGUGCCAUUUCUUUAUCGACGAAGAUAGCCGCGUUCGAGGGUAUGAUCGAGACUAACUUGUGCAGGAUGGAGAAGGUCGCAGAGAGGAUGAAGGCAGGCAAAGACCUGAACAUGAAGCAAAGGCAAGUCGUAGCGAUAGCUGGGAUUACUUGCGCGACGAAGUACAACCUGAAGAUGACGACUGAUUCGCUGCUCUUGCCUUGCAAGCUCCUGGAGCACUUCAAGUCGGACGACGAACGGGAGUCGUUCGCCAACACCUGCGUCUACUUCAGCCUGCCGCAGAGGUUGGAGCUCUUCGACAACAACAUCGUGCUGUGCGAGUGCUAUGUCAACUUUCUCCUCAACCACUUCUCCUAUUGUGAAAAACGUCGCACCCAGAAGCUGGUGUUGACACUGAUUGGUGUCAGCGGAGUCGGUAUUGCCAUGAGCUUAAUCAAAAAAAUUCUUUCUUGAAUCGUUUUCAUCUGCUUGUCC